CCUCCCUCAUUAAAUCUUUUUGUAUAUUAACCACAUUUCUCCUUUCUCAACACCCUCUCCCUUCAUCCAUAUCUCGAAUACUUACACAAUGGCCCUCUUCGGUUCCUCCUCCGCCACCGCCGAGGCCUCCUCCCCAUCCACCAGCCAGGAGAUCAAGGCCUCGCUCAUCCGUCAGGUCCAGGAAGAGGCCGCCAUGAGCAAUGCCCGAAGCCUGAUCGGCAAGGUCAACGAGCACUGCUUCGACGCCUGCGUCCCCACUCCCGGCUCCUCCCUCACGGCUAAGGAGUCCACCUGCCUGUCGCAAUGCAUGGAGAAGUACAUCGGCUUCUGGAACGCCAGCAGCCGCGCCUACAUCGCCCGUGUCUCCAAGGAAUCCAAGAGCCUGGGCGGCGCCGACCUGUCCGGUGUUUCUCUGUGAGCGGAAGCAGAUGCUCAGAAAAAAAAUAUAAACAACGUUUUUCCCUCUCUGUAUUUCUAUAGUUUCUCGGAGUCGAAUACCUUUUUUCAAGUCUUCAAACCGAGACAUCUGGGUAAAAGAACAAGAAGAAGGGGCUAUGUCGGUUGGGUUUCGGCGUUAACUGUUCAUCCUCCUGUAUCACGGGAAUUGUGGUAGUGGUGUCAGUGAGCAGCAGGCCUGAGAGCUGAUGGUUUUCUUCUGAGCUUGUGACGCGCG